AUGUUAUAUGUAAUCUAGCUAAUAUGGAGCAUAUUUUACGUCCUAGGUUUGGUUGCAGUUAUUUCAUCCAGCUGACAAAACAGGACAAAGUGUUGAACAUGGCAACCUAUUCCUGGCAUUGGAAGAGACAUUUCUAUCACAGAAAGGAUCAGGGAAGCAUUUUCCAAGUACUUCCGUCUCCUAACAGGGGUGUGGUAAUGCAGAUUUGGAGGCUCCAUGGACUUAUUCAGUUAGACCCCAGGUCAUUGAAGAGCCUGUUGUUUUAGCAAGGGCGCUGAUGGGAGAGCAAAUUCCUGAAAUCAGGACAAUAACAUCAGGGUUUAGUGUAUGUGAACUGCAUUUGUCUGGAAAACUUUAUGCUGUACUCUGAUCAAUGAGGCUCUUUCCAAGUUAGGAUGGAGAAGCUCCAGGUGAUUUUGGCUGUGUCUGUGGUGUUGGUAUCUCACCUGUCCCACAUUGGUCAGUGUCUGCCUCCAUCAGGAGGCAUGCAGUGGGGGAGGACAACCCACGGGUACCCUGUAGCUGAUGAUGAAGUCGCCACACUUGACCUUAACGAACCCAUGAGUAGUCAGAGUGACAGUACAGGUGUGAUGACAGACUCGUUAACCACAAGUGUGAAUGGUGAUACAUCUGAGGUGUCCACGCUGAUCCCAGAGACAUCCCUACCCACAAUCCCAGUCCUCGGGGGUCAGUGUGUUAAUGUGUCUGACUGUGCUCAGGUUUUGAACAGCACAUGUAAGGACCAUACCUGUCAAUGUAAGGAGGAUUUUUACCAACUGAAGGGCACCUGUCUUAAAAAUCCAGAGAUAGAUCUAACACCAAUCAAGGAAAUGCAAAAUGCAUGCGAAAAACUUAAUGGUACUGUUGAACUAUGCAUUGGCUGGAAACUAGGCCAAAGCGAAGUUACAUUUAGUGAUAUGAAUGUGAGUGUUGAUGUGGUGUCUGAACACACCAACUGGACAGCCCAGGUCAGUGAAAUGACUAAAGUGGCCAGUGACAACACCUCUGUCCAGUACCGAGGAGUGGUGAGGGGACUCAUGCCAGGUACCUCCUAUAUGCUCAGGCUGACCGCUGUCUCCAAUCUGUGGUCAGUGACAACAUCAACAACACCAGGUUAUUGCACAGCUCCAGUGCCCCCUAAGGUAGUAGGUCACACCUCAGAACAUACCUCUGUGAACAUCAGCCUGACCGGUGGGGCGGAGACCCCCAGGUACUCUGUGCAGGCCUGCCUUGCUUCUCCCCACCUAGGAGAAACUGAUCCUUGUUCUGAUGCUGAUACUAGGCCAUCUUAUGCCACAGUAAAGGACUUAACACAGGGUGGCCAUUACAGAGUCACUGUGGCAACAGAGUUUUGUGGCAUGACAAGUGAAUACAAUGAGUUCAGUGCUUGGACAGUCCCUGAGAUCUCUGAGAUGUUGGUGGACUGCCACACCGGAGACUGUGAGACGAGUGGUGAAAUAUCAUGGUGGCUGGCUGACGAGUCGUACGCCGACGAAUUCAGGGUGACAGGGAGCAACGGACUGAAUUGCACUGUACCUUGGGUCUUCGAGCAAUUCACAUACAGCACCAAUGCAGAUAAACUGUCCCCUGGUCUCACCUACCACUUUACAGUGGAAGCCAUUGUGAAAACUGGACAAGGUGUACUGAAAAACUUGUUUGAGGAUGAUUAUACCACAUUGCCACCGCCUGCAGUUAUCAAGAGCCACCGGAUUGUUGAUGAGAAAAGUGUGAUACUGGAACUUUCUACCAGGAUUCCUUUGAAUAUAACUGGUCCUUACAUGUACAAAUUGUUGUACUGCCUAGUUGUGGAUCACCCAACAGAGUGCAGUAAAGACCAAACAAAGAAGGUGAACACACCAGGGCCAACCUACCACACACUGGAACAAUUUCAUCCAUUUGGAAAAUACAACAUUUCUGUGACUUCUGCUGUGUUUGGUGAAGUUGUAGAGGAAGUCAUUAACCCAAAGUCUGCAUGGAUUUUCAUAUCACUAGAGCCUAAUCUAUGGGUGGCUGUGAUACAAUGGAAAACAAUCAGGGCUGACCAGAUUGAGUGCUAUGGACUCCAGCCAAUGACACAAGCCUGUGUACAGUGGUCUCUAUCUUUCAACAUCUCUGCUCCUAUAAACAUCACAGUUUACAGCAAAUCUGCCAUAACAGGAAGUGACCAGUCUGCGGAGCUACCUGGUGGACAAAAUGAGAAGGGAGAGAACUUGUACAGAAUUGAAGGGCUUAGUCCUGGCUUAGCAUAUAACUUCACAGUUGUGAUAAUGUCAGGCUUGUGGAGAAAUGAGAAAACUACACAGAUUUAUUACACAUAUCCCUCAUCCCCUGACAUAAUGAACCAGACCUCAGCAGAUACGACCUCAGUGACUCUCAGCCUUAACAAAACCUCACACAAAGAUGCUGAGGAGGAGUACGAAGCUAGACUCUGUGACACCUCUGUCAAAGAUUGUAAAGACAGUUGGACAGAAGAUAACUUAAAGCUAAAAGUGCAGAACAUGAUGUUGACAAUAACCGGCUUGAAUCCCUCUACGAAGUACAACAUAUCUCUUAGAGCGGUGAUAGUGAGGGGAGAUAACUCCAAACUUGUUAGUCAGCGAAUCACCUCAAAAAUAAUAUACACAGCGCCCCUGGAGCCAUCCUCCCCGAGUUUCCAGCAAGAGUCAGACAAUCUGAGGGUCACAUGGAAGAACAGUCAUGCCCCAAGGUACAGACUAACCUGGGGGAAAUCUGAAGAGACUGUUGUGAAUUCGAAGAAGUGUACCUCAACAUGUCAGACUGUGCUAAACAAGCUUCAGCGAGGAAUGGUGUACAACUUCACAUUGUUUGCAUUCAAUGGUGUGGCAAGAUCAACUGGAAACAGUGUUUCUUACCCUAUGGCCCCAGCUAAUCCUCACCAAGGAAAGACUGCGAGAGUGACAGAGAGGAGCAUCAAACUGGAGUGGUCAUUUUCAGGGACAGGGGCCGAGGAAUUCCUGGUACAAGUGUGUGACAUCCGUAACCCAGGGGACACAGUGAACAUUACCUUACCCAUGCAGCCAUCCUCAUUAAGCACCUACACCUACAACAAGACAGAUCUGAUGGCAGGACACACCUACAAUGUGUCUGUGCGAUCAGUCAUCAGGUUUGGAGACAACUCAGUUGUCUCCCCUGAUCCCCCACUCUUCAUCACCAACAGCACUCGACCUCUAGCCCCAUCUAAUUUCACCCCUAUCAAGGUAGCUCCCACAGCUUUGUCGUUCGUCUUCACCAAUAAUAGCCUGGCUGACCAGUACCUUGUGAGGGUAGAGCCCCAGGGUGAAAGGGUUAAAUGUAGAUUGACAUCAGCCCAGGGAGAUGAGGUGAGAGGGAAAAUCACAGGCCUGUCCCCUGGCACAGACUACACCUUGACACUGACCGCUGAGUCAGGAGUGUGGAGCAGUCAGCCUUACACAGUGACCAUCUCAACUAAUGAAACAGUCCCAGGGCCUCCCAGUAACCUAAGUCUGGCCUUUGUUAACUCCACCGUGCUACAAGUGCAGUGGUUGCAUCCUCUGUCCCCCAAUGGACACCUGAAGAAGUACCAUGUGAAGGUGUGGGAACAGAGGUGGUAUACCCAGGCCUGGUCAUUACAUCAGGACGUGAUGACAAAUCUCACACAGUUCACCAGUGACACUCUUGUACCAGGUCAGUGUUACUCUGUCUCUGUAUCAGCAGAGAAUGGAGCAGGGGUUGGGAAAUCUACAGACAAUACAACACUGGCAACUCCUGAGACAGCACCCUCUCCACCUAAGAUCAACAUAUCUAAGAAUGGAGCUCACACUGUACAGGUCAGCUGGCUACGGCCCACCCAGCCAAAUGGCAUCAUCCGUAACUACACUGUGAGUGCCAGAGAUAACCAGGGCAAAAUACUACAGAAGCUGUGUUUUCAGUGUUGUGACUGCCCGCAGGAUUUGUGCACCACAGGCAGUGAUCAGAAAACCACUGCGGAUGCCUGCAGCUCUGUUAAGAAGCUUAUGGCUGGGGGUUUAGCUGGUCACUGUGAUAAGGUAGUCUUGUACAAGCUGGGUGACGAGAACCUAAGUACCGCUGUGUUAGGUCUACAUGCGUAUGCCCACUACUGUGUCGGCGUGGAGGCAUGUACCAGGGCGGGGUGUCAGCAGGCGUGGGAAGAUGUGGACACACAACAAGAUGCACCAACUGCACCUCUCAAUGUGAAGGCUGUGGCAGUAAGUUCCACCAGUAUCUUCCUCAACUGGAGUCUCCCUGUAGACCAAAAUGGUGUUAUUCAUUUCUACGAGAUAACCUACAGAACCGAUGGAUCAACCCCAGAAGACUCCAUGCAGCAAAAUACAACAUCCAAUGUUACCAGUUUUACCGUUUCUAAGCUGUCAAAGUGGACAAACUAUACAUUUUCUGUCCGUGGUUUUACCAACAAAUUUGGCAACAGUAGUGUGGCGGUAACCUGCAGAACAUUAGAAGAUGUUCCUAGCACCAAACCAUACCUACAUGUAGAGGUCCUUAAUGCUUCUGCAGUCGAACUCUCGUGGAAACCCCCGAAGGAAGCCAAUGGGCUUAUCCUAAAAUACAACAUCACAUUACACAGUCGUUCUGCCAGUGACACAAAUAAAACCAGAACCUACUCUGUGGACAGAAAGACAAGCUGGAUAAUAAUUUCUGGGCUGCAGUACUGGUCAGACUAUAAGGUUUACAUCUCUGCCAGGACUAGUGUAGGACAGGGUCCCAGCGCUGUGCAGGAAUUCAAAACUCAUGAAUAUGCGCCAACAUCCCCACCUGAGAAUCUGCGGGCCAUAAGUGUUAACGCCACUGCUAUUCACCUGACCUGGUUACCUCCCUCACAACCUAAUGGCCACAUCACACAGUACGAUGUGACCUACACAGCUGACAAGGUUCCACGGGAUGAAAUCCUCUGUGUGCCCAGGGACAAACAUGGUGUUGUGGUGGGGCAUCUGAACUACUGGACUCAAUACAGUUUUGUUGUCACUGCCAGCACAGCUCAAGGGGUGGGGCCUCCGGCCACACAGUCAGAGAGGACUAAACAGUAUGUACCAACCUCCCCGGUCACAGGUAUCAAGGCUGUGAGUAAGACAUCUCAGAGCGUCUACCUGAAAUGGAGCCCCCCUAUCACCCCUAACGGGAUCAUCAUGAAGUACACCAUCACCUACACCAGUAGAGAGCACAUAACUGGCAGUAACAGAAACGUGAAAUUGUCUGUCGCCACACCAGAUAACCAGCCACAAUACAACCUGACCAGACUGCACCAGUACUGGUGGUACACUGUCACUGUACAGGCCUUCACUGUGAUGGGACAGGGUAAGAAUAACAGCGAGCCGUACAAAGUGCAGACAGCAGAGGCAGUUCCCGGCCCACCUGAAGAUGUUAAACCCACACCUGUCAACAGCACCAGUGUCAAGUUAUCAUGGAAACCUCCUACUUUUCCCAAUGGUGAAAUUAUGGAAUAUACCAUUUAUCACAAUCAGUCAAAACGUUCACACCGUGUGAAAUCAGACCAGAACUCUGUUGUGAUUGGUGGAUUAAAGAUUUGGACUGUGUACAACUUUACCAUCUCUGCGAGGACCAAGGCCGGUGCAGGCCAGCGAGUCAGUGUGACCUGUAGGACAAAAGAAGCAGCCCCAGCCCAGCCUGAUGUGUCUAUGGACAAGCCUCUUAUCCAGGCUGCCCGUAACAUCCCUCUGUCCGACCCUCACACCCAAGCAGCCAUCACUCUGCCCAUGCAGUUUUUCACUGACCACACCCGUGGAGAACCACUAGCCUGGGGAAUUAUUGUCAUCGAAGCAUCCAUCAAGACCUUAAACCAUUCAAAACUGACAUACAUCAGUGGGCGCGUCACAUGUCAAGAGUGUGUGACGUGGGAGGAGUACCAUGACAAGGGAGUGAGGAAACCUUACAGAGCCACACCUGACACCUGGUCUCCCAGCCGGCUUAACCUCACCUACUCAGCCCAUGUGCGACAGCGGCGUGCAACCGAGGAACCAGCCUUCAUCCUUGGACAGGAGGGCAGAUGUGCUGACACAGUCUUUUGCAAUGGCUACCUUAAACCUGGCACGCAGUACAGAGUGAAGGCGUUUGUGUGUAACCUGGGAGGCUGCACGGACACAUACUACUCUCAUCCAGUCAGCACAGUGGCAAUCCCUCCUGACAGAUCCCCGCGAGUGGCAGGAGCAGUGAUCGCUGUGCUCUUCUUACUGGCCAUUGCUGGUGUUGUUAUCUACAUGAAGAGGACAAAGAGAGGGCCAUUUGGUAAGAAAGGUGAAGUAGACUCUGGUCAUGUGAUUAUAGAAGAGACCAGUGAUAGCUCAGCUGAAUUGGAAAUGGUGCAGCGUUCCAGACCUAUAAAGCUGUCUGAGUUGGAAUCAACAGUUCUUAAACUGAAGCGCUCGUCAAAUCUGGGCUUUGCUGAUGAAUAUAAGGAUUUAAAAGAAUUAAGCCCAAAACAUCCUCACCAUGCUGCUGACCUGGAGGUGAACCGCUCCAAAAACAGAUACACCAACAUUUUACCUUUUGACCAUUCUCGAGUGAAGCUCCUGCCAUUAGAUGAUGAAGAUGGCUCCGAUUACAUCAAUGCUAAUUACAUUCCUGGUUACAAUUCCAAGCGAGAGUACAUCGCAUCCCAGGGUCCUCUACCUGGGACUAAGGAUGACUUCUGGAGGAUGAUCUGGGAACAAAAUGUCUCUCUCAUCGUCAUGGUUACCAAGUGCAUGGAGGGUCGGGGUAGGGUAAAAUGUGAGCAGUAUUGGCCAAAUGAUGAUGAGCCUGUUUAUUUUGGAGAACUGAUAGUUCAGAGACGCUCUGAGUCUAUACUGCCAGAGUAUGAUAUCAGGAUUCUGGAUAUCAAACUGGGCACAGUCACUCACACUGUCAGACAGUGUCACAUGAAGAUCUGGCCUGACUUUGGCUGCCCCCAGUCCCCUCAGGAUCUACUCACCUUCCACAGGGCAGUGCGUAAGGUCUGUCCCCGCAGCAUGAAUGCCCCGCCCAUCCUGGUACAUUGCAGUGCUGGAGUAGGUAGGACUGGUACGUACAUUGCUGUGGAUUGUCUGCUACAGCAGAUGAGAGACCAUCAAGAAAUAGACAUCUUUGGUCGGGUACUGGAGAUGAGAGAACACCGCUCACACAUGGUUCAGACAGAGGAUCAGUACGUCUACAUCCAUGACUGUGCUGUGGAUGCAUACAACACCCUGCAGGCACAGGGGGAGGAGAACAUUGGAUAUGAGGAAGAGGAGAAUAUAUAUGAGAACAUGAUUGAAGGACCAAAGUCUAACAACGUUGUGAAACUGUGAUUUUUACACUUCUCAUUAUUCUGGUGAAGACAUUCGUAUUGCUAGCUUCAUGAGAGAUUUCAUUUUUAGUGCACAGAUAUGAAAGGAAAAGUACAUGCAUGUAAUUAUUUUACUAAAAUACAAUGGAAGUUACAUAUUAUUUGAAAUACAUGCAGGUUUCCAUAAUUUUUAUAAAUGAAGUUAAAUUUUUAGGUACACUUGUAUAUGUAAGAAUUAUUUUCUUGUUUUCUGUUUCAUGUUUGUAUAAAAGUUAGUACAUUGUGUUUUGAGUUCAAUAUUUAAUGCAUUUUUCUUGUUCUAUAUUAAGCCAUUCAAAGCAGUCCUUUUGAUAAGAGACUGUUGUGUUGUACAUGUGAACCAUUUGUAUUUUAUCAAUCAAUGCAGACAUACGAUAUUUAUUUAUGAAAUUUUAUGAUAGGGUUAUUGUAUAUUACAUACAUGUAUGUACAUUAAUACAUUAAAUGUCGAGUGCAGUACAUGCUGAUGACAGAACAUUCUGAAACUGCAAAGUAGUUUAUAUACAGUAAUAGUGUGUGUUGAAUUCUUUACUAUGGUCCCAGCAUAUACAUGUUUUAGCCCAUCGGUUCUACAAAGGUGUAAUGGUUUUGAACAACAGUGCAGUGUAUCCUGGUACAGGAAAAACAAAAGAAAUAACACCAGGAAAACUGCAGAUGAUAGAUUCAUCAAGCAAUAAUGGUAUUUAUGAUAUGUAUGGUUAUGUUUUAUUCAUGAGAAGUAUAGGUUGUUGCCUGCAAUUCUUUUUAUGUACUUUUCUAAAUUAAAAAAAAAUGUUUGUUCCUCGGAUGAACAUUUUGUAGAAAGAUGUUUUAUUUUCAAUAUUCAAGGUAACCUUAUGUUAACAGAGUACUUUUGCCUGCACAGUACCACCUGGUCAGUCAAUACAUGUACCAUAAUUAGCAUAACAUCACCACACAUUCUGUAGUUCCCUCACUCAUUCUGGACACACCUUCACUGAUACAGCUGGUCAGCUAAUACAUGCACCAUUAGCAUAACAUCACCACACAUUCUGUAGUCCCCCACACUCCCACCACCACCCCAACAUUCUCCCCAACACCAUCACUCACACACACACAUUCUGUUCUGUGCAUGAACAUUGAUGAUGGGGCUUUGCCUGAACAAACCCCAAACAUGCAAUGAAGAGAUGUAUAGGUCAUAAAAUUUUAAAAUGGUAGCCACCUCCAGUCACACUGAUAUACUGCAAAUAUAACUUUCUGGAAAACCCUUGAGCACACAAUUAAGCACUUAAUAAAUUAAUUAAAUAAAUAUAUAACAAAUGUAACUUCCAACUUUAUACUUCCACUAAGCAUAACAUGUUAAUGUUAAUGAUAGCUAGAAGACCACAUGUUCUCACACAGGAUUCACUUAUGACUUCGCUAUAGUACUAACUAAAGAAGCACAAAGAUUCAGACUCACCAUCGCGGUUGAAUUUGUUCUCCACAGUGACUUUGUUAGUCCAUUGUAUUAUGAAGGAAGCCUGACAGACUAUGGCAGAAAUAUGGAUUUUGCCAAAAUAUGACAAAACUGAUCACAUUGUAAAUUUUAUGUUUUACACAUGAAGACAAACAUUAACCAAAACCAAACUUAGCACACAGAAAUACACAUGAAGUUUCUGAAAAGAGUUUUUCUGGUCAACGUUGAUCUUCAUACUGUAAAAUAAAAGCAGACUGCCUUGUUUGAACGAAAAAUUUACGUUUUUGAUUGGGAAUGCAUCUUUAGCGAGUUAUUACUAGAAUUUUAUAUGCUAAAAAAAUUCCUCUCAUUCUAUACAUCAGAAAUGAUGGGAUUAGAGGGGUGAAAUGUAUCUCCAAAGUUAUAUACGUGCUUAUUAACUGCAUCCAUAACUUUGUCUUUCUUUCAGAGAAAAGGGGUCA